GCGGGAGCGGCUCCGGGCGCGGCGGCACCGGCAGCGGGCACGGCGGCACCAUGGACGACUUGGACGCCUUACUGGCAGACCUGGAAUCAACCACCUCUCAUAUCUCCAAACGCCCAGUGUUUCUCACGGAGGAAACUCCUUACUCCUACCCAACUGGAAACCACACGUACCAGGAGAUUGCUGUGCCACCCCCGGUGCCCCCACCGCCUUCCAGCGACGCCCUGAAUGGCACCGUGAUCGACCCCUCAGAGCAGUGGCAGCCCAGCACACCCAGAUACGGCCACCAGCAGCCUCAGUCCCAGUCUCCUAUAUACAGCUCUAGUGCCAAAAGCUCCAGUGCCUCCGUUCCUAGAGACGGGCUCAACUCUCCUACUCCCCGUGCCAGUGAAGAGGAACACGUCUACAGUUUCCCAAACAAGCAGAAGUCUGCAGAACCGUCUCCUACAAUGACCAGCUCCUCUCUGGGCAGCAACCUCUCAGAACUGGACAGGCUCCUUCUGGAACUGAAUGCUGUUCAACAUACCCCUGCCAGUGGCUUCACAGCAGAUGAGGCUGGCAGAAGCCCAUCACUGCCCAGCGUGGCUGGCCCUCACUAUGUUGUCCCAGAGAACAGCAGCUCAGGGGGAGGGAAGGCUGCACCCCCGACAAAGGAGAAGCCAAAGCGCAAUGGUGCCCGUGGGAUUGAAGAUGUGCGUCCCAGCGUGGAGAGCCUGCUGGAUGAGCUGGAGAGCUCCGUGCCAAGUCCAGUGCCUGCAAUCACUGUGAGCCAGGGUGAGGUGAGCAGCCCCCAGCGUGUCACGGCCAGUCAGCAGCAGACCCGAAUUUCUGCUUCUUCAGCUACACGAGAACUGGAUGAGCUGAUGGCAUCUCUCUCUGACUUCAAGACUAGUUCCACUAUGUCUCUGAUUUCUGAAUCUUCCCUUGAACCGGUUCCCAGUUCAGCUAAUGCAGACUCCAGCAACACUCCUCACAGUUUAGCUGUGCUGUCCCAUUCCAAACACCCUUCUGCAAGUCACAGUGGGGACUCAACAGUGCCAGCAUCUGUCCCCCCAGCAGACACCUGCAUUGAGGAGGGCAGUGACACUGCAGUUCUGCCUUUGGCAGGGCACCCUGCUGCCCCUCCACCUGUGCCCCAUUUAGCACAAGCUGUCCCUGUGCCCCCACCACGGAGCUCCUCUGGUUAUGCUACUCGUGGGGAGCAAGUGGCCUCUGCCAGCUUAGUUCAGCUGAACAGAAAGCCUGACUCUUCCAGAAAUACUUCCCAGGCUGUGCCAGCUUCCAAUGUGGAGCUUCUCUGUAGGUCUGCUACUGUGGAGGCACGGGGCUUAGGUUAUGAUGCGGCAAAAGAGACUGAGAAGAAGGAGCAGAGAACUGACCCCAAAAUCUCAAGUGUACCCAUUUCAAAGAAGGGGAAGAUAGCCAAGGAGCUGCAUCAGCAGGGAGCAGCACUCAGGGACAACUCAGCUCUUUCGUCCCAGGGCAGAAGUGUGGAAACAGCUUUAGAUGAGCUGUGGCCCCUGGAGCUGCCUGCACAUGUGCCAGAGGUGCAUGCAAAGAAUGACAGUGUUUUGGAUUCUGUUAAUGAACCUUCUGUUGUUGCCCUGGAUCGGUGGGAUGUCUUCCCAGACACUAAAAACCAGUUGGGCUUUGUAGUGAAGCAAGGACAGGAGCUAAAAGCUGAAGUGCCAUAUGAAACCAAGUUAUACCACAGUCCUGAUGUGGGCAAGAAGAGGCAGGGCAGAGACAGAACUCCUAGGAAGGCAGGUGCUGCUAACACGAACAAGGCCAGAGGAGACCAGGAAAAGGAGCAAUUCAGAAGCUCUGCAGUCACUCCGGAAUCUCCUGAAACCUUUGGGAAGGCUGGAUGGGAUCUGCCAUGUGUCUCCAAACCACCCAUUGAGAGGAUUUCUGCAUCAGGCCAGAUAAAAUCUUUAAUCAAGAGGACAAAAGAGACUGCGAAUGUGCAUCCAAUGUCUCGGGACCUCUCUCCAAGGCGCAGACUAGGUCCUGCCAUAUUCCACAAGACUGAGUCCCAGGAUCGCUUGAUUGAGGAGCUUCAGGACAGGCUGGGCAUCGAUAACCAGGAGCAGGAAGAAUGGCCAAGCCAGGAUGCCUGGCUGACAGAGGGGGUCAUUGUCACUGCCAGGCCCCGGGGGGAAGAGCAGAGUGGUGAACAGCAAGUAGAGAAGGUGGUUUUUCCUCCAGAGUCCCCGCUCCUCUCCAGGAGGACAAUCUCUGUUCCUGUCUCUUCCCAUCUCCAGCCUUCCAAAGAAGCUGCAAAGAUAGUCCCUGCUAAUGCUGCUCCUUCUCCUGCUUCUGGCCCUGCAUCUCUUCUCUCACUCCCACCUCAGCCUUCCUCUGUGUCAUCUACCCCAGCUCCUAGUCCAGUCUCUUCCUCUUCCUUCAGCUUGGCUCCCCAGCCUCUCUUCCAGUGGGAAGCUUCUGAUAAUGAUUAUCAUGAGGUUUCUGUUGUGGGCACCCCUCCUAAUGAAGACCCCAAACAUUCCUGUUCUCCCCAGACCUGGACUCCUAGCACCAAGGCAGUUGUCUCUGUUGGCUGUCAGACUGAAGAUGAAGCUUUCUUCCCAGAAAUGCAGGUGACCUCUGCUCCUCCCCUAGUCCGCAGUGCCAGUCUGUUGGCUGCUCCUGCACCCUGGGGCCCCACAGCCCCUGACAAGUUCAUGGCACAGGGAAAAGCUGGGAGCAGCUCCCCUCCAUCCACAGCCUCCAAGCCUGGCAGUCAGCUGGAUACCAUGCUGGGAAGUCUUCAGUCUGACCUGAACAAACUGGGUGUAGCUACAGUUGCCAAGGGUGUCUGUGGAGCCUGCAAGAAGCCUAUUGCUGGGCAGGUAGUUACAGCCAUGGGGAAAACCUGGCACCCUGAGCACUUCGUCUGCACCCACUGCCAGGAGGAGAUCGGCUCCCGGAACUUCUUUGAGCGGGAUGGGCAGCCCUACUGCGAGAAGGAUUAUCACAACCUCUUCUCUCCUCGCUGCUACUACUGCAACGGGCCCAUCCUCGAUAAAGUGGUGACUGCUUUGGACAGGACAUGGCACCCUGAACACUUUUUCUGUGCCCAGUGUGGAGCUUUCUUUGGACCUGAAGGGUUUCACGAGAAGGAUGGCAAAGCCUAUUGCCGCAAGGACUACUUUGAUAUGUUUGCUCCCAAGUGUGGAGGCUGUGCCCGGGCUAUCCUGGAAAAUUACAUCUCUGCCUUGAACACCCUGUGGCACCCCGAGUGCUUUGUCUGUCGGGAGUGUUUCACCCCGUUUGUCAACGGCAGCUUCUUCGAGCACGACGGGCAGCCCUACUGCGAGGUGCAUUACCACGAGCGCCGCGGCUCGCUCUGCUCCGGCUGCCAGAAGCCCAUCACAGGACGCUGCAUCACUGCUAUGGGCAAGAAAUUCCACCCAGAACACUUUGUCUGUGCCUUCUGCCUCAAGCAGCUCAACAAAGGAACCUUCAAGGAGCAGAACGACAAGCCCUACUGCCAGAACUGCUUCCUCAAGCUCUUCUGUUAGAGGCACUAUAGAUGGGCGCUCAAGCAUCUUUCUGCCACCCCCUUGGCAGUUCUGUCUCUCUGAACAUUACUGUGAUUUAGGAACCUUACCAGGCAGGGGAGGAGGGGGGU